UCACCCCCUCGCCUCCCCUCCCGCCGCAGGAGGCCGCCUGCCGCAAGGAGGAAGAGGAGCGCCGUGCCCGGGAGCGCCAGGAGGAAGAGGAGGCCAAGUGCCUGGAGAAAUUCGAGGGGGCCGAGCCGCUGGAGCCGGCCGAGCUGCUGGCCUUCACCGACACCAUGCUGCCCGGCUGCUCCCAGCUCCUCGACGAGCUCCCCGACACCGUCUACCGCGUCUGCGACCUCAUCAUGACGGCCGUCAAGCGCAACGGGGCCGCCUACCGCGACUCCAUCCUCAAGCAGGUCGUCAAACAGGUGUGGGAAGCGGCCGACGUCCUCAUCAAGGCGGCGUUGCCGCUCACCACCAGCGACACCAAGACGGUGUCGGAGUGGAUCAGCCAAAUGGCCACGCUGCCCCAAGCCUCCAACCUGGCCACCCGCAUCCUGCUCCUCACCCUGCUCUUCGAGGAGCUGAAGCUGCCGUGUGCCUUAGGGUGACGCACAACGCGUUGCGUCAACGUUGGUGGCGUCUUCCCAAAGCCCUAAAAUCCA